ACAUCUGACAGACAAUGGUCGAGAAAAUGCAUUCGAGAAAAAAAUAGUGUAAUAAAUUAUUUAAUUAGCAAAUUACUUAUUUAACUUAUAAUACUAUUAAGUUUAAAGUACACGUGUACGACUGCUAGUGGUGUUAAUUGUUCGUUGUCUGUCAUCACAAAACAAUAUUUGGUUUUACAAAAAUAUUUUUGCUUUAGGGACACGUAAGUCUUUUGGUCCGAUGCGCUAUAUUAAAUUGUGAAAAUGACGCGUUUGGAACUGUAUAUUUUGUGUUUGUGUGUUGUGUUAUCGGCUAGUGAAUUGUUAGGACCUGAGGCGCGAAAAAAAAGUGAGAAAAAUGAUGAGGACGAGGAGGGCAGUGAGGGUUCCGAUACAAAAUACAAUCCGGUCGACGCCGACUACUUCAAAGAGCUGAAGGAUGCUAUGAAGAAGGAGGAGAUAGUGCUACAGGAGUAUGCUGAUGCUCUAAGAAAUGCCAGAGAUAUUCCUAAAGAUGAAGACCAUAAAGAGACUCAUUUAGAUCAAAUGGAGUAUACUCUGAAACUGUUGAAGAAGAGCCUUUUGAGGCACACAGAGUCUGCCUGGAUACAUGAUCCAAAGUCUACGGAGAGUUUAGAAGGAGACAUUGAGAAAUUGGAGGACAAUCCUCAAGACAUUCUGGACACUCUGCCUCCAUUGCCUGAAGAACCAGAACCUGAACUGUCACCGGAGUUAAAAGAAGCCAAAGAACUAUAUGAUGCGGCGAUGGUGAAACUAAACAGACGGUCGCCCGACCUUCGCGGAGCUAUCCUCCAAGUGAAGCAGGCAGCUGACAUGGGCUACAUACCUGCUAAGAUCAAGCUGGCCUGGUCCUACCUGUUCGGAGAAGGCGUAGAACUGGACUUGGAGAAGGCCAAGAAAAUCUUCGAGGAGCUGGCUGUAGACGGAAACGCUGAUGCUCAUGCUGGCAUGGGCUUCCUAUAUGCGACCGGUAUAGCAGUCCCGGUGUCUCAGGCCAAAGCGCUAGUACACUACAUGAUGGGAGCGCUCGGAGACAGUGACUUCGCGCAGAUGGCGCUGGCGUACCGAUACUGGAGCGGUAACACUGUGCCCAGCUCCUGUCCCAAGGCCAUGGACUUGUAUAUGAAGGUGGCUUCUAAAGUGGCAAGUCAAGUAACGUUCAGCGGAGGUCCUGCCAUACAACGCACGCGACUGAUCGACGAGGCGGAGGGCGGCGGCCCGGGGACCCUGGAUACAGACCUCAUUGAGUACUACCAACUCUUGGCUGAAAAGGGAGACGUGCAAGCACAGGUCGGUUUGGGCCAGUUGCACUUCCAAGGCGGACGCGGCGUGACUCUAGACAUCAACAAGGCGCUCCACUAUUUCCAACAAGCUGCCAAAACUGGGAACGCUGUCGCUAAUGCAUUCUUAGGCAAAAUAUACUUGGAAGGUGGUGACGGCAUCAAGGCAGAUAAUGAUACUGCACUGCGGUACUUCAGGAAAGCCGCUGAACUUAAUAACCCAGUUGGACAGAGUGGAUUAGGUAUCAUGUAUCUACAGGGUCGUGGUGUCCCUAAAGACACGAAUGCAGCGUUUAAGUACUUUACGAUGGCCGCCAACCAGGGCUGGGUUGAGGGACAACUUCAUCUUGGAUUCAUGUACUUCGGUGGUAUCGGUGUCCGUCGUGACUUCAAGCAGGCCAACAAAUACUUCUCCCUGGCGUCGCAGACAGGUCACGUACUGGCGCUAUACCACCUCGGACAGAUGCAUGCGCAGGGACUCGGGGUCAUGCGCUCUUGUACUACUGCUGUAGAGCUAUUCAAGAACGUGUGCGAGCGCGGCGGGUGGGGCGCGCGCCUGAUGCUGGCGCACGCGGCCUGGCGCGCGCGGGACUCCGACUCCGCGCUGCUGCAGUACCUCGCGCUCGCCGAGCGCGGGCUCGAGAUCGCACAGACCAACGCUGCCUUCUUGCUGGACAAUGGCGAGGUCCGACUGUUCAGUGAGUCGGAGCGCUGGGCGCGCGCGCUGCAGCUGUGGGCGCGCGCGGCGGCGCAGGGCUCCGGCGCCGCGCGCGUCAAGCUCGGCGACUACCACUACUACGGACUCGGGACGCCACACGAUCUGGAGGCGGCGGCCUACCACUACAGGAUAGCAUCAGAGCAGCUGCACAACGCGCAGGCGACGUUCAACCUCGGCUACAUGCACGAGCGCGGGCUGGGGCUGGCGCAGGACGCGCACCUGGCCAAGCGCUGCUACGACCUCGCGGCCGAGUCCUCGCCCGACGCCAGGCUGCCCGCCGCGCUCGCGCUCGCCCGCCUCAACGCUGCUACUGCACUCUCGCAGAUACUUGAUUCAUUCUUUCAGAGUCCGUUGGCAGUCAUAUUCCUGACGGAUUCGGCGCUACUGUCCAACUGGGACCUGUACCUCAUCACGGCACUCCUCGGGGCUCUGGGCGUAGUGGUAUACCUACGAAGACCUACCCAGCAACCUGCCAACUAGUCCAGGAUAUAGAGGAACAAGACUCCUGUAUAAAUGAAUUUUAAAAAAUUACACGGAUCAAUUUAAUUGUAGGCCUUUCCUAACAAUAUCCGAUGAAAAUUAAUCUUGUAUUAUUACCUAAUCCUCGGUGAUUGUGAGGUCUGGCCUAGUAAAUGCAAUAAUUCCGUGCAAUUCAUUUUGAAAAGUAAUAUUCAAAUGUAUCUAAUAUAGUCCAUUGGAUUUUGUAUUGUUUACUAUGUAAGAGUUUGUUCUGUUUAUUGCAAUAAAGCUGUAAGAGCCAAAGAAACAUUUUAUACAGCUUUCUGGUGUAAGAUCUCUCAGAUUAUAGCUUAAACCAAUCCAAUAUUCUAUUUUUAUCACAACUUCGUAACCUUAAAAACAUCACCAGCGCCACCUAUGAAGCGCAAAAAUGCACACAAGAUUUCAGCUUUUCUAGUAUUACUAAGUAUUUUUUCUAUAUGAAUGUGUACGAAAAAUAGUGCGUCCAUAAUUAUUGUUUUGAUAGACAAUUAAAUUGUUUCGUGUAAAUCGAAUGGUGACAGAUAAUGUGAAGUGCAGUGAUGACAUGUGAUGACAAAGAAAGGUGUACAUAGUGAAUUUGUAUUAUGUAAAUAAAAUGUGAAAAUGAUUUAAUUAUUAUUA